UGAAUCCUGAGAGAUGAAUGAGCAAACACUGCUUUAAAACAGGAGGAGGGAGAGAGAGAGAGAGAGAAUAAAGAGAGUUCCCCAAGGAAACGCCUCCUAAUGUAAGAGAGCCAGAAGAAGAGUCGCUGAAGGUGCUCGAGGACGCAGCGGUGUCGUGAUGUGGGCUGUGUUUCUGCUGCUGCUCCUGCCCCCCGUGGCGUCUGUCCCCUCCCCCUCCAGACCGACGCCCAGAUACUGCCGCAGGUGCUGCGACCACUUAGACCCGCCCCUGAGCCCCGCCUCCCAGCCUGCAGCCAAUCCCACGCCUGAGAUCCACACCUUCAUUAACAUGACUAUCCUCAAAGGGGAUAAAGGAGAGCGUGGGGACAGAGGGACGCCUGGUAAAGCCGGAGUGGACGGACCCCUUGGACUCAGAGGUGUGACGGGGCCCAAAGGCAGUAAAGGAGACACCGGGGCCCCCGGAGACCCCUGCAAAAUCCAGCAGUCGUCCUUCUCCGUGGGCCGACGCAAAGCUCUGCACAGCGCUGAUCACUACCAGGCCCUGAUCUUCGACACAGUCUUCGUGAACCUGGGCGAACACUUCAACAUGUUCAAGGGGAAGUUCUACUGCUUCGUCCCAGGAGUCUAUUUCUUCAACGUCAACAUUCACACCUGGAACUUCAAGGAGACGUACCUGCACCUGAUGCACAACGAGCGGCCGCAGGUGAUCCUGUACACGCAGCCCAGCGACCGCUCCAUCAUGCAGAGCCAGAGCGUCAUGCUGUCGCUGGAGCUCAAUGACGAGGUCUGGGUCCGGCUCUACAAGCGCCAGCGCGACAACGCCAUUUACAGCGACGACGUGGACGUCUACAUCACCUUCAACGGACACCUGGUGGCUCCUAAAGUCUAGGAGCAGGGACCGCAGUAUUUGCACAGAGUGUGUAGAGGAGCAGCCAGAGAUGAUUGUGUGUGUGUGUGUGCCUUUAGCUUUUCAAUUAAACACUCUGCUGUCCUUCACCUCAUUUUAAAGAAAAAACCUUGCACAAAGACUUUAACCACAUUUGAUUUGAGCUGCUGAGCAGCCUGUCGAUUAACAGUGAGCAGGACUUUUAUCUCUCAAUCCCACCGGUGUCUUCAGUGAGCGCAGCCGCAGUCGCAGUCGCUCUCAGAUCAGCUGUCGCUUCAGACAAACAGGACUGUAUUUCAGAGAGAAUCAGGUCAAUCCAGCAGAAUGUGUUAUUCUCCUCCCUCAUUCCCUGUGAUCAGUGAACAUGAAUUUGAGCACGUAAAUCUUCUAGACAUUAGGAAACUGAUGACUGUGUGUGGCAUGAGUAUUACACACUGGAGUUUACACUGCGUCAGAGGACACCGGGAUCCAGUCAUUCCAGAUCAGAUGCUUCAUGCAAAAGCAGAAAUAGUCCAACCUAGUUAACAAAUUUAGCUUUGCAAAAAAAUUGCAAACUUUAAAAUGUCCAGUUUUCUUGUCGUCAUUCUAACGUUAUCUGAAAGUUACACAAACCUUUCUUAAAAUGUUCUACUUGCUUAAUUUUCACCCAAAAUAUAAUGUAUUUAGAUGGUUAUUUUUUCAUAUUCUAUAAGAAUUUUAAAAUGUCCAGUUUUAGAACAUAGUUUAAAGGUGACAAAAUUUUCUUAAAUUCUACCAAUGUUAUUUUUACCCAAAAUGUAACAUUAUUUGAACAUUUAUGUUUAAGCUUCUAAGAACAUUGAAAUGUCCAGAUUUCUUGUUGAUUAUAAUGUUAUUGAAAGAUUACAAAAAACCUUCCUUAUAAUGUUGAAUUACAAACAGCAUAAAGACAUUUUGAGAAUGUUGUUCCAAGCGCAUUCUUUCAACGUUAUGAGAACAUAUAAAUCAAAUAUUAAUAAAGUUAUAUAAACGUUACCUAAACAUUUCUUUAGGAAUGCAUUGCCCUUUUAUAUUACUUAUUUAUAUGACUUUUUAAAAACGUUUGGGAAAGUUGUGAGAACAUUAGAAGGGAACGAGUAUGAAUGAAAAUAAUUUCAUCGUAUUCCCGUUUGAUUUCAAACUGAUCCAGUUCUUUCCACUUCUUCUCAACCCUAAACUCAAAACGCAUCAUACACAUCGUGUCAGUGUAAACUCCAGGCUGUAGACGCUCUGAAACACCGCACCAGAGCAAUAUUCUUCUGCUGUUGUUUUCUUUGUUCACUGUGUUUCUCCAUUGGAGCUGGACAGAAGUGCAGCACCAUCGUGAACACUGCGAUGAAUCAGGAGACACUUGAUGACUGGGCUUUCUGGUGUGUUCUAGGGAGGGAUCACUUCAGCCCUGGAAAGUGCACUUACUAGGGAGCGUUUAAGACUCAUCCAGUUUUUACACAGAUUAUGAUGAUCUUUUAUGUCUGUGAAGAACAGUUCACCUGCAAACAAACGUUUUGUAAUCAUUUACUUAACCUUGUGGUUUCUUAUGGAAAGACGUUCUUAAGAAGAUCACGGUCUCUCUUUUAAAUGUAAUGAAAGAUGCUGAGGAAUGGGGCUGUCAAGUAUAAACAAUAAUAAUAAAAAACACCAUAAAAUAAACCAUAUAAUAAUAAUAAAUUAAAAGCCAAUUUGAUAGUAAAUCAGUCAUGGGAUAUGCCACUGAUAGAGCUUUUUCAUUUAACACUGGUUUCUGCUGCUCUGAGAUCAGUGAUUAUCAGUGUGAAUCUGAUCUCAGUUCAUAACUCACAAACACUUCAACUAUAUGCAGCUUCACUGGUUUCCCUGUGAAAGGCAGACGCUUCUGUCUGAGACUCAGUUUCAGGGGAGUGAAGUCCUUCACUGGACUGAUGUCUUGAACCCGGGAGGUUGCUGUAUUUUGUUGUUCAUGUUCAUUAGUUGCCUCAAAUGACCUGGUCAAGGUUUCUCUGACAAACUGGUGCUGCAGCUCCAUGAGCAGGUGCUAAACAGACGCGUGCACUUUCUGCAGGGGAAAACAAGUAUUUCUGUAUUCAGACUCGUUUUUGCUCAUUUUUACCGGUGUAUGAUUGUUCUGUUUCUAUUAAAUUCAGCAACAAAAUA